AUGCGAUUCUCCGGCAUCUACGUCGCUUCCCUCGUGGCAGCUCCUCUGGUCGCCGCCCACGGUGGCAUACCUGGAGCGCCCAAAGUCUUUGGGGUCGCUCCCAAUGAGGUGGCCAAGUUGAAGAACCGGGACAUCUUCAGCGGACAGGCAAAGCGUGAUCCGGAACAAGGUCCUACCCUUAACGCCCGUCAAGGCGGACAGAAUGGUCGCUGCGGGCCUAGCUUCGGUGGUGCAAGCUGUGCUGCCGGGUACUGCUGCUCUGGUGCUGGAUGGUGUGGCCAAGGCAACGAUUACUGCGAGGCUCCCGACUGUCUGUUCCCAUAUGGACCCGGCUGUGACGCAAACAAGACUCCGUCUGGCACAAGCACGAGGAACGUUGCUCGUCCCCAACUUGGUGAUAUCGAGUAUGGCGGAGAGGGUAUCUAUGCUUGCGAGGUUCCAGGUACCGUCGCCAUCACCUACGAUGACGGCCCAUACAUCUACACUAAUGGUGUCUUGGACCAAUUCAAAGCCUACGGCGCCAAAGCUACCUUUUUCAUCACCGGUAUCAACAUUGGUAAGGGAGCCAUUGACGAUGCUUCCACUGCCUGGCCUGCGGUCAUUCGCCGCAUGGAGGCAGAGGGCCACCAGAUUGCUAGUCACACCUGGUCUCACCAGGAUCUCAGCGCGAUCACCAAGGAGCAGCGCUACGAUCAGAUGGUGAAGAACGAGAUGGCUUUCAAGAACAUCAUCGGAAAGUUCCCCACCUACAUGCGCCCUCCCUACUCUUCCUGCACUGCUGCUUCGGGUUGCCAGCAAGACUUGAAGGAUCUUGGAUAUGUCGUCUCCUACUUCGACUUGGACACUGAUGACUACAACAACAUCACUCCUGCAUUGAUCCAAAACGCGAAGAACCGUGUCUCUACCGCCCUUCAGGGCAAGACCCCUACCAACGACGAUUUCCUCGCUAUCGCCCACGACAUCCACCAGCAGACUGCCCAGAACCUGACCGGCUAUAUGCUCGAGCAGUUCACGCAGAAGGGCUUCAAGCUCGUCACAAUGGGAGAGUGCAUGGGCGACCCCAAAGCCAACUGGUACCGCACAGGAUCCGGCGGCAGCACUCCUACCACGACCACCACUCGCGUCCCUACAUCAUCCCCCACCGGCAAGGUGUCAACCGACGGAAGCUGCGGUGGCACCAACGGCUUCACCUGCAAGGGCUCUUCCUUCGGCAAUUGCUGCAGUCAGUACGGCUGGUGUGGAUCUACAGUCGACCACUGCGGCACAGGUUGCAAUCCCUCCUUCGGCACCUGCGGCUCCAGCAGCAACACCCCAACCACCACCACAGCAACCCGCCCCCCCACCUCCACGCCAACGAACAAAGUCAUCUCCAACGACGGGACCUGCGGCGGUACCGGGCAGAUGACGUGCAAGGACUCACCCUUCGGCAACUGCUGCAGCCAGUAUGGCUGGUGCGGCAGCACGACCGACCACUGCGGCACGGGAUGCCAGUCUGCGUUUGGAACCUGCGGUUCUCCUGUUAGUAGUCUGAGUUCCAUUGUCCCUGACUCUGAUUCCUCAUCUACACCCCCUCCCUCAUCUCCUUCUCCUUCUUCUCCUUCUACUGGCGGCAACACCUUCUCAUCCCUCACCAGCGUAAAUUCCGCUCCUAGCUCCACGACCAACCCGCCGUCUUUGACCACCUCGGUCAGACCUUCUUCGACCUCCACGGCCGCCCCGUCGCCAACGUCGAACGUCAGCAAGAACGGCCGCUGCGGCGCCCGGAACUCAGGCCAGACGUGCAAGGGCUACGCGAACGGGUCGAAGCCUUGCUGUCGCUGGGACGGGACAUGCGGUAGUGGACUUCUGGCCUGCGGUCUCGGCUGCAUGAACCAGUUCGGUGAUUGCUGGUGGUCUUGA